GUGGUGGUGGUGGUGGUGGAGGAGGAAGUAGGUUACGCGCAGGUGAGACCAGCGCGCGGUUGCCCUUGAGCCCCCGCACUUUAUGCGGGACAACCGGCUCUCGAGGGGUGCACGGUGCGACCGGUGCGACAGUAGCUACCGGCGGUACCAGCACCCUGAGCGGCUACACGGAGGAGGCUGGUAUCGGGCUGGUGUCGGACGAGCCGAUGGUGCACGUGGAGAGAUCAACGACGCGUCAGGGUACAUGGAUAUGCUGCGUGCCUUGUUACUGGCUGAGACGGAGCAAGGCCGUCCACAAGGCGCUGCUCACCUUCGCCAUGCUGUUGGUCACCAGUCUGUUAGUCACCAGUCCGGUGCUCUUCCUCAUUACGACCCUGCCGGAGGGCGAGCAGCCGCGGAGCUGCGCGCCGCUGGAUGAGGCCUGCAUCAGAGAGCGAGAUGGACCCGACGGUGUUUGCGACUCGGACGUUUGCGUGGAGGCCUCGAAGAGGAUCUUGGCGUCCAUGAAACGGGGCGUUGAUCCUUGCAAGGAUUUUUACACAUUCGCUUGCGGCGGUUUCCGCGAUCAACGACCCUAUCAGCCGAGCGCGAGUUUUAAUAUACUUCAGGUGCAAAUUGACGAACGCAUACACAAAACGUUGACAAACGAGACGGGGCAGAUGAACGGUGUCUUCGAGAAGCUCGGGCAGUUUUACGACGUUUGUCGAGGCUUCAGGAAGAAACCCGCGAACUUUACACCCGUUUACGAGCUCUUGCACGAACUCGGUGGCUAUCUACCGCCGAAGAGCGCGGCACCGAGCGAUAUCACUCCCCUGAUUUCGGCGCUGCUGGAAGUGAACGGCGCACCCUUCUUCGAUUUAUACGUCGAUGUAGAUCUUUACGACCGCACAAAGUCAUCCGUAUACCUUGAUUUCCCUAUCAAGCAUCAAACUAAUGAAUUCCUUGCAGAGAGCCAGAAAAAUCGAGACGUGGAAAAACCGCGUAGAAUUCGGGAGAUUGUUCGUGGAUUCCUGCCAAAGAAUAUGAGUCCCAAGGAACAAUCGUCGGAGAUCGACCUGCUCCUGCAAUUUUGCUCAUCGCUCGAAAAGAUUUAUCCGAAGCACAAAGACUUGUACAACUGGGUGGAUGUUGAUCAGAGAGUUUACGUUGCUUACAACGCGACGUAUCUUCAAGAGAGCUUCGGUUACAUAAGAUGGAGGUCGUUGCUGAACACAACGUUACACUACCGUACGAACAGUAUCGAUCUGCACGGCGAUAGUAACGACACGAAUCGCGUACACCGACCGCCGUCGUACAGCGCGUCUGAGGAUCAGCAGAUUUACGUUUACGUCACCGCUCCACGUUACUUCCGUAGCCUUGGCAAGUUAUUGAACCGCUCGUCCAGACGGAUUAUUCAUAAUGGAUUGCUGUUACUCUACGCCACGGACACACUGUACGACAUCGUCAAUGUUACCGCUGUCAAGGACUGGGAAGCUUCUUGCUACAGAUUGACCAGAGGCGCCUUUAGCGAGAUGACCAGCGCGCUCUAUGUGCGACAGUACACCCCGAAAUACUUAGAAACUUUGGCCAAAAGGGUCACAGUAUUGUUCGAGCGUGUGAAAGAGACAAUAGCCGAACGGAUAUUAAUAAAAUCGUGGCUGGACGAUGAGACGAGGACGCAGGCCUUGUUGAAGCUCAAUUCUCUGCGGGGUCGAUUUCACGUGUCACCUGCCUUUUACGACGACGCUCUGCUCGCACGCGAAAUGGCCGAGGUCGUAAUUGACACCAAUGAUUUCUUCGCUACCGUUCUAAGGAGAUUUCGUCAGAUGCGGAAGUUGCAGAAUCAAAGUCCGCUGCGAAGAAAUACAACGGAAAAGCGCCACUAUCCCUACUCCGUACGCGCCUAUUACGAAUCCUCCACAAAUACGAUCGGCAUUCCCUUGGCUAUGAUGACGUCCUGGGCAUGGUCGUGGGAUGGUGGGCCGGCUUAUGCGGUCCACGCCACCUUGGGAUCGAUCGUCGCUCAUGAGAUCCUGCAUGCCUUCGAUUUUCAUCGUCGCAGGCUGCCGAUAGAUCCAGAUUUGAAUACCGACGAGUGGCUCUGGAUCACGCCGAACUCCUGGAAGCGGCUGGAGGCUAGGAUAGAGUGCGUCGCGAGGCUCUACGCUAGGAGGUUCUGGCGGAAGGUUCAGUUCUACGGGAACGACGUUACCGUGCAGUUCGACUGGAACAUGACGAGAAACGAGAACGUCGCGGACAUCGGAGCUCUGCAAAUCUCCCACAAGACUUGGCACACCUUGACGAACGGGAAGGACCGGAGCCUUCCUGGCCUGGAGGGGCUUCGGCCGAGCCAACUCUUCUUUAUAAGUGCCGCUCAGAUAUACUGUGUUAACGUGACUGCCGAGGCCUACGUCCUGUCCGUCGAGCUCGACUAUCGUACUCCUCAUCCCGAAAGGGUGAACGGUAUAAUGAUGAAUUCGCAAGCGUUCGCGGAAGCGUUCCGUUGCCCGCUCGGCGCUAAAAUGAAUCCUCCGAAUAAAUGCAUCGUCUGGUAAUUGAUUAUUAAUGCAUUUGUUGAUGCAUGAAUAUAUGUAUGCAUGUAUAUCAUCGAGCUAUAUUUCGGUGGGUUCGACGUUAACCCGCUUCGUUCUAUCUCUCUCGCAACUUCGUCACGAAUCGUUUCGAAAUUGCGUUUAAUGCGCAUUAUCUUCCUUGUUAUCUCAUUGUUUUUCUUUUGUCGUAACGACCUGUAAAAUCUGCGAUUCUACUCCUCGAUCUUCACGAGGCUGUUACGAAAACCACCGAAGUGGCUGCGCAUGAAAGUGGAAUACCGUUAAGUACAAAUAAUCUCUUAUUACGUUUUACUGACUAAACUUGCGUUAAUUAUGCGGAUGUAUGAAGUCCGUCCCAUCUGAGACGCCUUAAACGAUUUUCUGUGACGAUAACGUGGAAAGACACUCGGGCGCGAAUAGAUUAAACAAACGUUGUGUUUAAGAAAAUGCCUUAAAACAAGUUACGCGAUGUACUUUGUACGCUAUUGCGGAGAUCGCAGUGUUCUAGAAAGCUAUUUUCGAUCGAUCGAAUUGCGAUCGAUGUCGCGCUUGAUGCGAACUAUAUGACUCUAGUGUAUACAGGGUGUCCCGGAACGAUUCCGUCAUCGCUCAUGAGGGCGUGAGAACGAAUUUGAAGUGAACGAAAGAUUCAUUGCCAUUUUGCGAUAUUAUCGUAAUAAUUAUCGAGAUAUUAACACUUUGCCGGCCGCUUACUUCUCGCAUCGCCUUUACGCUGCCGCCGGCGAAUUUCGCGCGGGUUCUACUGCUCGCCGACGGUGAUAUUAAAGAAUGUCAAGGAAAGACAAUCGGGAUAGUUAAAACAGAAGCAUAGUGGAAACAUCGUUGCCGCGCUGAACCGAAGUCACACGUACGUGCACAGCGGCCGGCAAAGUGUUAAUAUUGGAAAUCGGAUAAAUGAGAAGAAGAGAGAGAACGCGCUGAGAUGGCGGUGGAACGUGGAAGAGCGCUUGAACUGCUCGAACUAUAGCGCGGCUCAAUUAAUCCAACAACGGUUGUAGAACCACACGACAAAGGGAAGACCAACACGCUGCUACACAUGCUCACAUUGCCGCUUUUGCGUCUCACUUAAGUUCAUAUCGACAGCCGCUACACACUUUUGUGAUUAGGAGAUCGCUUUGUGAAAUAGCAAAAGUAGGUCAAGUUGAAACCGUAGCGAGUUCUGUGAUAAAAAUCGAAAGAAAGAAAAGAAUAGAAAUCAAGGUGAGCUGCAGAUUAUCUCAUUGUUUUCUAUCGUAACCGAUUCUAUCGUAACUGUACCAAAUCCGAAAAAAAUGAUAUCGUUUUUUCUAUCAUACUUUACCGUUUCCUGUUAGAAGAAUAUUUAAUCGUCGUCGGUGUAUGAUAGAAUUAAAGGACUGCUGUAAAUUCAUUCACGAUUGAUUCUCGAGCAAAAUUGUGGCAAUAUUGUUCUGAGACACCGUGUAUACAUUUUGUAUACGGCUUUCAGUUUUAAGAAAGGAGAGAGCGCGUAUUCUUAUAAGAGGUAUACUACGUACUAUGUAUUUGCGAAUAAUAUAGUAAUAUAUAUUUUCUCGUAGAAGCAUCAGAGUGAUGAAGAAAAAAUCUAUAUAUUUACAUAAUCUACGUUUACGUUGUACUUGUUGAUCAUCUCAACGGACGAAUAUCGUCUUUUCGUAUUUUAAUAGCAAUACAAUGUUGCAGAGGCUUCAUACAGGUGCAAUUAAAUAUUAAAUCGAAUAAUCUGUGAAAUAUUAGUAGACGCCUUUUAUAAAACGCAUAAUAAACAUUGCAAAAUAGUUUUAAAUAAUGACAA